AUGCCCCUGAUGUAUGUCAUGACAAUCAUCAUCGUGCUGCUGCCCAACCAGGAUUUCGAGCGGCCGUUUGCACAGUUCGUGCUGGUCUGGUCAAUUGGGGCACCUUUGGCGAUGGCAUACCUAUGGCUGCAAGUCCUGUCCCUGGCAAGAUUCAACAAGCAAAUCUUCGAAUGGGCUCUAACCACUCGGGACAACGAUGUCUACAGAGCGCUUCACCAGAACCAGACAAAGAUGACUUUUUCCGUCUUCGGCUUCACCAUCACCCUGCAAAGAAUCCGGGUGACCGUCGUUUCCUUUGUUGUCGGCGUGCUGCUUAAGUUUGUGACGCAGAUGGUCAUGGAC